AGUGCAGGUGGAGGGAGUGACUGCUGGAUAUCUGACCCUGGAUAUUUCACUGGAGGGCUUCUCUUUAACACUUCCGAUAGUUUUCUCUUACCUUUUUACAUAUCAAGUCGUUUUAAAUCUGUGUUUUUUUAAUACUUUGUUUUUGGACAUAGCUAACCUUUAAUCUUAAGAUUUAGUCUUGCAUUUUCCACCAGUGGAUUUAGUCAAGGACAUAUUUCAUCAGAGAUCUUCAAUUUGAGCCUUAGUUCUUAGGGAGUUUGUUGUUGGCGUGGCUGUUUCCAAGAAGCCGAUCGUCUAAUAAGCUGCGUGAUCAUGGCAGACUUCCCUUCCAAAGUUACUACGGAAACCAGCUCCACCCCAACCCAGAGCUCUCAGCAGGGGGGCAACAGCCUCCGAGGGUUGACUGCCAGCGUCACCAAUAUCAUGGACAUGUCCUUUAUCCGGAGCAUCCCAGCAAUCCUCAUGAUGGUGGAAAUAUGUCUGGGCCUUAUCCAUUGGGCGUUGAUAGCCAGCACCCCCUACACAGCGAUUCCAGCGUACGGCUGGGUGAUGUUUGUGGCAGUCACUCUGUGGAUCCUCACCACCAUCCUCUUCCUCACGAUCCUGUUCAACGCCCAGCAAAAAAUCACCUUUAUCCCUUGGCCCCUGACGGUGAUGGUGUAUACCGCUGCAGCCACGGUCCUCUAUCUGACGGCCUUCUUGACCAACGCCUCAACUGUGCAUCCCUACCGAUACUUUAAUUUCUAUGGACAUUUGGCAGCUGCUGCUUUCUUCGGUGCCGUAGUGACUGUGGCGUAUGGAGCCAGUGCUUUCUUCUCCUAUUUGGACUGGAAGGGAGAUGGAGGAAAUGCUGCAACCAACACAGUGCCGACCUAAGACUGAAACCUGUUGAACUGGUCGGGACACAGACUCCUUGUGAACUCUUUAAGAAACUGUAGUUAGCUAUAUGGAUGAUCUACUGCUGAGUAUAACUGCUGACUCCUGACGUUUCAAUAUCCUGAGUAUUAAUAAUAAGAUGAAACCUAAUUCAGACUGAAGAUAUCGUCAGGUAUUUUACUUUUCAGUCCAACUCAAUAGCGUCUAACCUUCAAAUUGUGAAAAAAUGUUUUGGCAGCAAUGGAUUCUCCACCUGAACUGCACUGUAUCAAUACAACAACAUCUUUAUUUCAAGGUGAUCUGAUAAACUGCACUGAGGUCUGAAUAGGCGUCCAUGAAAUAAUAUAUUCAAUAAUAGUAUUGUAAACAAAUAAAUAUGAUAGUGGUUCAAAUGUAGGUUAUACAAUGGUGUGAUGGGAAAAUGUAUUUUUAAUUUAAAUGCCUGCUUACCAAGAGAUUGAUAUACCCUUCUUAGGUCUGUAUAUGAAGCUAUGUUGAAUACACAAAUAAAGCAACCGCUUAGCUUAGCAUAAAGAAUGCAAGGGGGAAAGCUAGCCUAGCUCUGUUCGAAGGUAACAAAAUACACUCACAGUAAAGCUCAUUUUGUUAUCUUUGAAAAUAGCUAGGCUAUCUUUUUGCCCAUGUCUAGCCUUUAUGCUAAGCUAUUUGGCUGCAUACCUUAUCUUUACACAUACAUUGAGUGUAGCAUCAACCUUCUCAUUUAACUUUCGGCAAGAAAACAUAAGCCUAUUUUUUCCAAAAUGGCAAACUAUCUAUAUAUUUAAAGUAAGGUUACCCAACCAUGGAAGAAUGUAUUUAGAACUUCAGGGCUAGUGCAGUUAUUGUUCAUGAUUUAAAAGUCAAACUUGGCCACUAGAUAAUAAAAUGGCAUUGGUAAUGAAUGGUGUUAACGGCUCUAACGGUGUGUCCUUGGUUAUUAAUGAAUGAAUCCAUGUUCCUGUGGCUAUAAGAGGACUAGUUCACAAUAACACACCGCUUACAUUAGCACUGGGCAGCCUGACUCAACUUUGAUUUUAAACAUUUCUGCAGUGUGUAGCCCUAGGACUGUCAUCUAUCAAGAAGAACUAUGAAGAUACAUUGAGAUUGUUUGUUUAGCAUUACCUGUUUACAGAGCGCGUUUGUUGAGUAGGUCCAUGUUGGAACAUGCUUGACGCUUGCGUUUGCUUUCUGUGAUGAUCAUAUAAGAAAUGAUCUAAAAUACUAAGUUAUAGCAGUGCAGAAGGUUUAAAGACUAAUAGUAACGUAAAGUCGUGCAGAAAUCCAAUUCGAUGUUCUAAACAGGAAAUCCAGACUCAUUCAUAAAUUCUCCAUGGACCUAGCCAAAGCACUGAAACACGGAAAGUGAGUCUUUCAAGAAUGUAUGUUAUAAAGAUGCAUGGUUUCUGCGGGACAUUAAGACCCUUUAAUUAUUCAGAUAUUGUUCUUCUAAGUACUGAGCUGUGGAACAAAAGUGUGUAACAUUUUUUUCUUUGAUUUAUAUGAGACAGGGCUAAACUCCUGCUGUAUGUGCCUUUAUAAAAUACGUUGUGUCAUUUUGUACCAAGAAUUACAAUACUAGUAAAACCAUAUGUUGAGUGCUGGGGCUCAAGCAUGCA